GUGCAACCCUAGCAGCACCCAUUUCACUGUAUUUCUAGCUGAACGUCGUCAACGACGACGGCGUUAACCAUGGAUGGAGCGCCAGACAAGCGGCAUGCAGCCUAUCAGUCGAUUUUCGGGCGGCCUACCCACCACCAACCGCCCCCCCCACCACAAUAUUAUCCUCAAUAUCAGGACCGGCGUACUUCAUAUGUUUCUUACCACCACCAGCAGCCGCCCAAUGCGCAAUAUAUAUACAGGCAACCACCGCCAAUGCAAUACGGGUAUCCACAUGCCCCUUCUGGAUCGUCCUUGGCCCCCCCGACGGGCAUCACUCGCGCGAGAUCUGUCGCCAGCAACCCGAAUGGCAUGGGCGUCAUCGUUCCUCUGCCAGAAGAGCCGCCAGAUCCUAGCCUCGACGCAUUAACAAGGUCUGGUCUUACUCCAGCUCAGGCAUACCAGGCCCAGGUCUAUCUGAAUGGUCCAAAGCAUUACCAGGCGUCUCCCAUGCCCCAGAGUCGCACUCCUGAUCCACCAAGGCUCGGAAUCCCCGUUGAUGGUUCUCGACUCAACGUUGAUUUUUCCAACUUGAGUGAUGCCGGAACUGAUGACAGCAGUGAGCUUCCGUGGGCUCGCAAGGGUCCAACACCUUCUCCCCCCAUACCGCCUCAUCAUCACAGCCGCUUUUCCCAUGGGUCGUCCGAGAGUCCAUUUCCUCUUCAUGUCGACACACACUCUGCCCAGUCCAUCCGUUCCUCAGUCACCAGUGCCUCUCCUUCUUCAUUUACAAUGGUCGAACAUCCUUCUAUGGAAGAAUCUACAGUCUCCACUGUAACUGUCCGCAGGUCAUCCGAAUCUGCUCAUAUUCCUCGCGUCGGCGGUCCCCGCCGUGAACGGACUCCACAAGAUCGUUCCAUGUCCAUGUCUGCGGCGACGACAUCGGUGCGCAACUCCGUGACUCGUCCUCCCAUUCCGUCUCAUAAGGAAGGGCGGGAUUCUCCAAACUCUAUUCGUGUCCCUAAGAAGUCCCCCAUCGUCUACCCUGCCCUCCUUUCCCGCGUUGCUGAAGCCUUCCGAGAUCGUAUAACCUUAGGCGACCGUAUCAAGGAUGGACUGGAGUACAAAGAGGCGUUCGACGGACGUGAAGCGGUCGAUAAGAUCGCCUACAUAAUCAAAACAACAGACAGGAAUCUUGCCUUACUGUUAGGGCGUGCUCUCGAUGCUCAGAAGUUCUUCCACGAUGUCACCUAUGACCACCGUCUUCGUGACAGCCCCAACGAGCUUUACAGGUUCAGAACAAAGCUUCCAAGUCCUUUCGUCAGCGGGGAAUUAGGUAUCAAAAAUAACGAGCCUAUCAUGCCCAAAAUUCUCACCGAAGACGAGAAUGAUUCGUCUCCAUCUCCAUCUACCUCUAUUCCUCUUCCUCGACCGCGUAAAGGUUCGGUGACUUCUGAUGAGGUCGAAUUACCAUCUGGAGUUUUCACCCUUCUCACCGACUGCUAUUCCCCCACAUGUUCUCGAGAUCAGUUGUGUUACAGCAUAGCCUGUCCCCGCAGACUUGAACAGCAAGCUCGACUGAAUAUGAAGCCACAACCUGGUCUAUCCAAGCAAAUUAGCCGAGAAAGUUUAGGCGACUUGCCCGAUGCCGGAACUCUUUGGAUUCAUUCGGUACCGCAGGAAGUCGUUAACAGUGUUUCUGAUCAAGAGAAGAAGAGACAGGAAGCAAUCAACGAAGUCAUCUACACAGAACGCGACUUUGUGAGGGACAUGGAAUAUCUUCGAGAUAUCUGGAUUAAACGUCUCCAAGAACAUGACGACGUCAUUCCACUUGAGCGACGGACGGCUUUCCUGGAACAAGUCUUCUGGAACGUGUUUGACAUCAUUGCCGUGAAUACGCGUCUCCGAGACGCUCUCAACAAACGUCAAAAAUCUUAUGCCGUGGUGGAGAAGAUUGGUGACAUCUUAUUGGAAGCUGUCCCUCACUUUGGGCCAUUCGUGUCGUAUGGUGCCCAUCAACUCUAUGGCAAGUACGAGUUUGAGAAGGAGAAGAACGCGAAUGCGGCGUUCGCACAAUUUGUUGAGACCACGGAACGAUUGCCGGAGUCAAGAAAGUUGGAGCUCAAUGCGUAUCUCACUAAGCCGACUACUCGAUUAGCAAGGUAUCCUCUACUGCUAGAGGCUGUUUUGAAACACACGCCUGAGGACAAUCCAGACAAGACUUUGCUUCCUGAGGCCAUCUCGCUUGUGCGGGAAUUUCUGGGUCGUGUCAAUACCGAAUCGGGCAAGACGGAGAAUCGGUUCAAUUUGAUCCAACUUGAUCAGGCAUUAGUCUUCAAACCUGGAGAAGAAGUAAAUCUUCGACUUCGGGAAGAAGGCCGAGAUAUGGUUUAUAAGGGUCCUCUAAACAAACGCGACGGGGAAAUUCAAGUGUACCUAUUUGAUCACGCAUUAUUGUUUACGAAAUUUGUCAAGACGAAACAGCAUGAGCAGGUCAAAGUCUAUCGUCGACCAAUACCUCUCGAACUCCUCCUCAUCACCGCAUCAGAAGACAGCAACACUGGAAAUGGUACCGUUAGACCACGGCAACGUCAAGGUCUCGUCAAGAAGACGUCUUUCAAUCGGGACAAUCGUGGAUCACCUCAUGCCCCUUCCAUAGUAGUUCGUCCUCCGGAAGGAGCAAAAGGCCAGUACUGGAUCAACUUUAUCCAUUUGGGCCGGAAGUUCUACAAUCUCGUCCUAUGGUCGAAUUCCCAGUUAGGCCAGCGCAAGUGGCUUGAAAAUAUUUACCAGCAACAGCAAGCCAUGCGAGAGCGGAGUACCAUUUUUGAGACCAUAACGCUGUGCGAGGGCUUUUUUACUGGGGUGAACAAGGUCAAUUGCGUGGCUCCAUUGAGUGGGGGCAGGAGAAUGGCUUAUGGGACAGACGACGGGGUUUACAUCAGUGAUUUAAGGGACAUGUCUAAGGAUCCCGUAAAAGUAUUGGCGCUAUUGGAAGUCAUGCAACUUGACGUUUUGGAAGCAUAUCAGCUACUCAUCAUCCUUUCCGAGCGAUCAGUGUUUACAGUACCUCUCGAUGCCCUGGACCCUAUGGAUCCUAAUGCUGGUAUCAAACGGGCGAAGCGCAUAUCAUCCCAUACGUCAUUCUUUAAAGCAGGAUACUGCCUCGGGAAGAUGUUGGUGUGCAUUGUGAAGUCGACUCAGCUAUCUAGUACUUUCAAGACUCUGGAGCCCAUAGAUCAAAACGUACGUGGGCGGAGCAAGCCGACUUUCAAAAAGUUGAUCAAUGGAGGUAACGAUACAUUGAAGCUUUUCAGGGAAUUUUACAUACCAGUCGAGUCCACGUCGAUACACUACCUCAAGACGAAAAUGUGUGUUGGGUGCCCUAAGGGCUUCGAGAUUGUCGACCUUGAGACGUUAGAUACGCAGGGACUUUUGGAUCCCAGCGACGAGUCUCUAGAAUUUGUUCGAAGGAGGGAGGGUCUGAAGCCUAUGGCGAUCUAUCGCAUUCAGAACGAGUUCCUGUUGUGCUAUGAUGAAUUUGCUUUUUAUGUCAACAAGUCUGGUCGAAUGUCAAGGAAGGACUUUAUGGUGCAUUGGGAGGGCGUUCCUACCGGAUUUGCACUGCAUGAGCCUUUUGUGCUUGCAUUCGAACCGUCGUUUGUGGAAAUAAGGCAUAUAGACACAGGCGCAAUGUCGCAAGUCAUCCAAGGCUCUAAUCUAAAGUUGUUGUUUGCAGACAACCCACCAUCCAUCAUUAACAAUGGUGGUGCCUACUACAACUCUUAUCCAGCCAGCUACGGGGGUUACGGACAGCAGGCGCAGCAGGUGCCAUAUCAUUCCAACAUGAACGUGAAUCAGUACAAUCGAAAUUCGCUAGGCACCGGUCGUGACGAGAUACUGAUGGUUUCUGACGAUCGAGUGUUGGCUCUACGAACAGUCUCAGGAACACAAAGAUACAUGUCGGAUAACGUGUCGAUGGCAUCACGCGGAUCACGGUGACAUCUAAUUGCUUUUUUCGUUUUCAUUUCGUUCGUUGUUGUGCUUUGUUCCUUUGAUAUUCCUCUUGUCCUAUAUUAACCUGCACCUGCACAUACCUGCUGUUUGUCUGUCAUAUCAAUUCACUCACGUUGUCUUAGGAUAUAUUCUAGUAUCUGUAUUAUCAAUCCUAAAAUUAUUUGGAUCACGCGAGCUUACACCUAGCGCUUUCUCAGGUCCAUUGUACAAGUCAGGAAUUCAAAGAGCUCUGUAGCGACUAAUCCG